AGGCAAACCCUGACGUGUCGGGGAGGAGCCGGGCGCGGAGGUGCGGGGAGUGGAGCGCAGGGCUGCGGAGUGGAGCAGAGCUGAGCGGCUGGGCGGGCCUGGCCAGGCCAGCGGAGCGGACGCGUCGGUCGGGUGGGGGCGAACAUGCGUUUUUGACACAUUGGAGGCUUUCUUGAUCAUGGAUGGUGAAGAUACACCAGAUUUUUCAACUUUAAAGGAGGAAACUGCUUAUUGGAAGGAACUUUCCUUAAAGUAUAAACAAAGCUUCCAGGAAGCUCGGGAUGAGCUAGUUGAAUUCCAGGAAGGAAGCAGAGAAUUAGAAGCAGAGUUGGAGGCACAAUUAGUACAGGCUGAACAAAGAAAUAGAGACUUGCAAGCUGAUAACCAAAGAUUGAAAUAUGAAGUGGAAGCACUAAAGGAGAAACUAGAACAUCAAUAUGCACAGAGCUACAAGCAGGUCUCAGUGUUAGAAGAUGAUUUAAGUCAGACUCGGGCCAUUAAGGAGCAGUUGCAUAAGUAUGUGAGAGAGCUGGAGCAGGCCAACGAUGACCUAGAGCGAGCCAAAAGGGCAACAAUAGUUUCUCUGGAAGACUUUGAACAAAGGCUAAAUCAGGCUAUUGAACGAAAUGCAUUUUUAGAAAGUGAACUUGAUGAAAAGGAAUCUUUGUUGGUCUCUGUACAGAGAUUAAAGGAUGAAGCAAGAGAUUUAAGACAAGAACUAGCAGUUCGGGAAAGACAACAGGAAGUAACCAGAAAGUCGGCUCCCAGUUCUCCAACUCUAGACUGUGAAAAGAUGGAUUCUGCUGUCCAAGCAUCGCUUUCUUUGCCAGCUACUCCUGUUGGCAAAGGAACAGAGAACAGUUUUCCUUCACCAAAAGCUAUACCAAACGGUUUUGGUACCAGUCCACUAACUCCUUCAGCUAGGAUAUCAGCACUAAACAUCGUGGGGGAUCUCUUACGGAAAGUAGGGGCUUUAGAAUCCAAGUUAGCAGCUUGCAGGAAUUUCGCAAAGGACCAAGCAUCACGAAAAUCCUAUAUUUCAGGGAAUGUUAACUGUGGGGUGAUGAAUAGCAACGGCACAAAGUUCUCUAGAUCAGGACAUACGUCUUUCUUCGACAAAGGGCAAGAAAAAGUCAUAUUUCCCACGUUGUUCAUGGGGCAGUAAACGGCUUUGACCCAGCGCCUCCUCCUCCUGGUCUGGGCUCCUCACGCCCGUCGUCCGCUCCGGGUAUGCUGCCUCUCAGUGUGUGAGUGCCCGGUCUCCAGGUGGGGGCUCGCCCUCCUCCAACAGCCCAGGACACCCACGCCUCACCCUCCGGUGCCUGGGCCCAGCCCGUGCCCCUCUGGCUGCCUCUCCGUGGCUGGCAGAGGGCCGGCUGCAUGCCGUGGUGGCUGCUGGGCCCUGCCCAGCCCCAGGACUCCGCGCGAUAUCAAUACCGGCUAUUUUCUCUUUUCGCCGUAGUGCCGUUGGUUUCACAUGAUUGCACUUUUGUGGGUCACAAGGUGAUACGUGUAUUACUUGGUCACUGGAUGCAGAAGUACCCAUUCAUCACACCUGCCCCGUAGCCCCUUCCCUGCUGUACUGAUAGGAGUUAGUUGUAUUUAGGACACUGCAAAUCUUCUAGAAGUUCUCCCCCAAAUCAGGUCGAUGUGUGCCCUCCUGAGCUCCCACCCAGGCAUCUUCAGUGCUCAUGAUCAUGUGUCGGCCAAGACCACCCCACACAGUUUGGGCCUGUUGCUGGCAAAGAGUCAGGAAGCUCACUGAAUUAGGGAACAUUUUCUGCACCUUCUGAUUUCACUUUGGCAGUUAGGAUUCCCUUGACUCGCCCCCCAGAGCAGCGGAAUGCCCGUCUGAGCCCCAGAUGGCAGGAGCCUCGGGGGUCUGGGUCCACACCGGGCUGCGUCUCCGUGUCGUCUCCUCCGUGUGCCUCAGACUAGGGGUGGAGGCUGCGGCAUCCUCCUCGCCAGCUUUCUGGUCCUUCAGUUAAAUGACAUCUUCAGCUUUUUUCGUUUUGUCUUCGGAGGGCCUGUCCAGUUUUGUUAGGAAGGGUGGAGUGGCCUGAUUCUAGGGCCUGGCUGGUGCCGGCUCCUGGGGGGGGAGCAGAUUGACCGUAAGUGGCUGUCCCUGUGCAUCCUCUGAUUACUCUCAUGCUGCAUUUACUGUUUACAUUUGUUUUCUUGUAUAUAGGUUUGUAAACAUGAUUGCCUAAGAUAUUUGUAUAUAACUUGGGCUUUGUAGCUUUUAUUUAUUCAGAACUCAUACGGCAUGUUAAUGACUUACGAUGGUGUCCUCCUCGGGCAGCUGUAUAGGAUCAUGAUGUGGCUUAAAAGAAAAGAAAGUACUUCCCCUCAAAAAAAUCUUUUAAUGUGGAAACAAUAAAUU